AUGCCGAAAUUCCAAGUAGGCUGGUAUCGGUUCGUGCCAUUCCUAGGAUACCACCAUGUCUUGAUGAUCUUGAUUGCAGUCGCCAUCAUCCUUUUAUCUCUACUUUUGGCAGGCUGCUCGUCAUCAUCACCUCUGAUCCCCGACAUCUUCCUCUUGUCGCUGUACUAUGACCAUUACACGGCAGUUCCUUCUACAGCCCAAGUUGAUUACAACGUCCACACCGCUAUUGAGAACAUUGCUGGUGACGCCCGCCUUGCCUGCCGCGUUGGAUACUUUGGUAUCUGCAUCAGCCCGGAUGGAGGCAGUUGGCUUUGCAGCAACAAUGCCACCGCUCUCGCCAACGAGGUGUCGGUCGAUCAGGACCCUCUGAACCUGAUUUGGCUUGCCGCUCAGUUCAAGGAUAUGAUUGUCUUCCCCUAUCUCAUCAUCAUUGCCAUCAUCUUCGCCUUCGUCUGCUUCCUUCUGCUCGCCACCUUCCCGGGUUGGCACGAGGAGGAGGACUCCGAGGGUUCCGACCGCGAAGUCAAGCCCUUCCCCUCGCGUCCCGUUUCCCAGAUUUCGCUGGCCAUCAUCUUCAUCGCCUCCAUCUUCGUGCUGGUUUCUGUGCUAUGGCAGCACACCGCAUCCGUCGCCGCGUCGAUCAUCGCCCAAGACUUCGGUAACGGCGCUGUCCGCUCUGGUGUCGGUACUUCCGCCAUGGUCCUCGGUUGGUUCAGCUUCACCUUGCUCAUCAUCGUCACCAUCGGCUUGUUGGUCAUGAUUCUCAGCAUUCGCGUUCUGAGCCAGAUGGUUGACUAA